UCAUAUCUCUAAAACCGGAAACUAAUAGAAAAGAAAAAUUACUUCAUGCAUUUUGGGAAAAUUUAGACACAUACAAAAUGACUCGAUAGAAAUCUUCGAAACAUUUCAAAAUUAGAACUUAUGAAACAACAAAUUAGCCAGUGACGAUAGGUUCUGCGUAUUUAUUAAUAUUCAGAAUAUGCUUGCUUAAAAACACGGGUUCCGGAAGAUUUCACCGAUAUUCGUGUGCGCAACUCGCAAGCAUCCGACUUGAAGGCGGUAAACAGUCUGUUUGUCUUGAGAUUAAAAAAGCCGUAAAAUCCAAAGGAGAUUGAAAAUGAGAUUGCAGUCAAGUUUCAAUAAUCAUGAAAACUUCGUAGGAGUCCUUUACAGUUAAUCUUUUCCUGUUAUUCCGUUUCAAAAUGUUGAAUCUGAACGAAAUAAUUUGAAAGCAUCUCGAGAUCCGUGGAAACACACAAUAUGCAGUUUAAUACAAGCGUCCUGGUCAUCUAAAAAAAUUAUUUUAAGCUAAUAGUUUACAGAAACAGGACCUCCACUAAAGCAACGACAAAAUGAAUAGAAAAGAAUAAAAAAGAAACUACUACCCACCACCUUCACCAUCCCUGAGUUCCUGUGUUCCUACGCAAAAGGCGCGGAAGCGGACACAAAGAGACUUACAGUUCGAGAAAUCAGCUCAGUAUAUCUCAGUAUAUUUUGAAGUUCAUUGACGCACAUACUUGCAUGUUCCAGUGACACCGCCUUCAUUUUUUUGGAAAGCAGAGGAUGUCGGCGUGACACGCGGAAACUGAGUCACGUGGUCACAUGACCUAACGUAGACGAAGUAAUCCGCCAGACGAAAAAGUCCGCCGACACAACUGUUAUCUCUACACCAGUCACACAGGAAACUCUCGGUACAAACAGCUUGAGGACCUGAGGCGUGUGACGUGCUUGUGUUGCUGUGACAAACAUCUGGCUCGUAACGGACGCCAAUUCAAAUAUUUCUUAUUUUCCUCUUAAAUGGGCAUAUUUCCAUGAAGGCUGGCGACGAGCAUAAUAGAAAUACUUCGUUUUAUGUGGUUGCAUCUUAGCGACGUUUGCUAACAGAAUGCUUCCUGUGAGAACACUACUUGUUUUAAUUUUUUUCGCUUCAAUGGGUAUGUCAAAGGAAUGCACACACACGACUAAUACAACAGAAUGGUCUGUGUCCGCGAACUGUGUGAACAAGUUUGUACGAUCACCUGACAAGUGUCAGUGGGAUGUGAUUUACAAGACGGUAAAUCUUCGUAUAGAGUCUCCCGUAACAUCACCUUCGUCUCGGCAGUUUUUCUUCUGUUCUGGAACAUUUGGGCUGCCAUUGAAAGCUGGAGAGUACAGCUACCACAUCUUACGAGCUGUAAACGACUGGCAACCCGCCUUCAACUUUCGAAUUGACGAUCCAGGGGAACCAAUCUUGAAAAAUUGUCCACUUAAGGUUCGUGAAGGGGACAACGUGACCUGCACAUGUUCUACACAACAUGAAGGUAGCCCCCCGCCAGUCAUAAGGUGGACAGGACAUACACCUUCUCCCACUCUACACCUGUAUGGGGUUACACGUGAACACAACACAUCCACGUGUGAGAUCAUCUGGGGCAACCAAACAAAAACUGUUUCCUACAAUAUCCUAGUCAGAACUAUUGAGAACAAGGAAAAUAUUACAUCAUCACUGUCGUUCAAGAUCUUGGGAGCUGUUGCGGUUGCUGUGAUGAUCAUUAUUUUAGUUACCGCAAUCAUCGUGAUUUUUGUCAUUCGUAGGAAAAGAAUUAUAUCGCACAGCAUUCCAUCAUAUUCUGAGGACAAUAUUGACGAACUCAUUGUAAACAGUUACUACGGCGGUUCACAGGUUAACGGUAGAGACGAAUUCGAGAUGGUGGAGGAGGAUUAUGCAGAAGUUUCAGACUCAGAAAGACACGAAGGAGGAACAACAGAGUUUUCCCUUUGUGCAAACGCAGAGACAAAUGAAAAGAGACAAACUGAAAACAUUAUCCUGUAUUCAAACAUGGAGACAAAGGAGGGGAUAGAAACACCACAGGUUGACCUGUGUAUUGCUGUCGAUGAGAACAAAGAGAAGCAACAAGUGAAACCAGAGCUGGACGCUUUGUUAGGAGAGCAUCACUAUAAGGGAGACAAUUCUAGAUCACUUAACGGGAAUGAUUUCGCAUGCGAGGAAGAGACGUAUGCUGUCAUCGACGAAGACUCUGACCCUGACAGUCACACUUAAACAUGAACAACUAUAUCAAAUUUACAUAUCAACAUCAAUAUAAAAAUACUUGUUUGAGCCAUU